AGCCUCCUCAUAAUUCGCCUUGGCUUGGCCCCGGGGCUCUCUCUAGUCUUCUCUUUCGUUUUCUUUUUCUUUCAUUUCAACAACAUUGCUCGAAACUGACACACAAACAAAGACAGUGAUCGAGGGAGACACAGAGAGAGGAGAGAGGAGAGAGAGAGACAUUGAUAUUUGAUAAAGAGAGAAAACAAACGCCACCUACUCCACAACCCCACCAUGUUUGCUGUUCCUAAACACACCCUUCAACCCCAAAGACCGCAACUUUAAUACUUUCCUCCACCAUUUCAUGACAUUUCUGUUUCUGGGUUUCUCAAAUGUCAGCUGCUGCUGAGGCUACCCAUUACCGCCAUUCAGUCAGCGGAGGCAGUGACGUGUCAGCCUCCGAUGACUCGGACGACCAGUCUUGGCACUCCAUGCUUGAGUCCACCGCAGGAGGAGGAGGAGGAGGAGGGCCUAAGUCUCAGCUUUCUGGGGUGUCUGUUUCAGGCAAUGUUCAGAGGGACUCUUGUGACUCAAAUUGCUCUCUGGAGUUGGAUUUGGAGAGUGGGGUUUUGGAGUUGAAGGUGGUGCAUUUGAGUAAAGUUGAAAGAAAUUGCAGAAUUUGCCACCUGGGUUUGGAGGGUGGUGGCCCAGAUGGGAUCCCAAUUGACUUGGGUUGCUCUUGCAAGGGUGAUUUGGGUGCUGCUCAUAAGCAAUGUGCUGAGACUUGGUUCAAGAUCAAGGGCGAUACAACCUGCGAGAUCUGUGGCUCCACUGCAUUCAACAUUGCCACUGAGCAGACAAAUGAGGCAAAUGGCACUACUACCACACUCCCAUCAGUACCAGCAGCACCCAUGAUCCUGGUGGAAACCAGAACCAUGUGGCAUGGCCGCCGCAUUAUGAAUUUCCUACUUGCCUGCAUGAUCUUUGCCUUCGUAAUCUCAUGGCUUUUUCACUUCAAAGUGCUUUAAUGAACACAAGCAGGGAAAAGAAAAGGUCUUUUCUAUAAAUGUGCGGCGGUAAGUUGCAGUUCCAAAUCUUAUUGUGCUUGUACUGCUACUUGUCUGUGCCCGGUCCUACUUGGCUCUACAUUCUUGUUUGAGGCUUAGUUCCAAACUUGUACGCUCUCUGUCAUCUGUAAUAUAAAAGGUGCAACCUGGCUAUCUAUAAAAAGUUAUAUUAUUUUUGGAUAA